AUGGCCUUGCCGCGAGGCUUUACGCUUGAACCCGCGGACAAGAUCCAGCUGCAGCAGUUCUACGGAUCCCUAUGUAUGGCCUCCUUGCUCUUCAACCUGCUUUGUAUUAUGAGCUGCGUAGUGCAUCUCAGCUAUGUGGACCCACUGUCCGAACUUGACGCCAUCAAGUUCUUCCUGAUGCGUAUCGACUCCCUUGGAGAUCCUAUUGUUUUCAUGGUGGAGUCGUGCAUCUUUUUCAUGGGAGCCGUAUCUGUGUGGGUCCUGGGUACCUUUGGCCUUGCCCUGGCCCUUCAGAAUUUCGUUUGCCUGAUCAUCUUCAUCGCGGGAAAUGCCCAGCUGUGGGCAAAGACCAGCGCGUUCGCGCCAAGCAUGAACUUGAGGUGGACACAAGACCCCAGCCUUUGGGCUGCCGAAGACAUCAUGUACGGACUAAAGAAGAGGAGCAACAAUGCUCAGGUGGUGUCCUUCGUCCAGAAGUUUGGCAAAGUGGUCUUGGAGCAGGAACAGCAAGGGCUUAGGCCGCGCACCUACGAUGGUGGGCGGCGCCUAUGCCCUCCGACCUCAAUGGCCCAAUGUGGCCGCAGCGCUCCAUGCUGCGGAAGACCAGCUCCGUCCCUUAACCAUAAACCCUAA